CUUUGAUUUUUUGGAAUGCUAUUACUGCCCCUCAGAGCAGCUAUCAAUCACUUUUUGAAGGGUUUCUUUGAGGCAAUUACUAGAUUGACAAUUAUUGGUGCCCUUUGGGUGAAUGCCCUUUGGAUGAACUGAACGUCCUCAGGCGACGGGAUGUGGAAAUAAGAUCAGGCUACUCCUCUUCGCAAACAGAACUUCUUCAUCUCAAAUCUCCAGAAGAUCACUACCUAUAAACAUCCAGACCUAAAUUAAAUCGUCAUGCCGUUGACUACUUUGCUGAAAUUGUCGAUCGCGCUCGCCGUUGUGGUCACGAGUACCAUGACAAUUAUUCCUCUACCUCUCGUCGGAGCCUCUACGGUGCCAAAAGUUCCAGGCUCCAUCAACAUCAAGAACCUUUGCCCUUAUUCUGUUUACAUCUGGGACCGAAUCACCGAUGGCUGCCAGGACCAGGGUGUAAAUACAAUAUGCAAAUCCGACGGUGGUGAGCCCUACGUCGUAGCAAAGCCAGUUCCAGUGAGCGGCAUGCCGACAAAGAUGGUGAUAAAUGCAUACACAGAGUUCCUGUCCGCCUCUGCGAAUUGGGAGAAUUUGCCACGCGCAAUCAAGAUUUCUCGGGAUGGAGAUAUGUCUGCCGACCCGAAAGCUCACCUCGAGCUCAGCUACGGGCUCUCUUAUGCUGAUAAAUUCCGUUGGGCUUUGACCUCUAUUGGCCCAGCUUUUAGGGAUGAGAACAUAAAGGUUACUCCGUCAGGAGCCGGUGCCGGGCAGGGUGACUGUAAGACAGUUGCUUGCCCAAAGAAUGACCCCAAGUGUAAUGACGGGGAUCGUUACUCGCCAAGGUUACAUAUGUGCGAGCCUCAACCGACCAUAAAUGUAGAUCUGUGCCAGGACGAGGUCGAUUUCAAAGCCAAUCGGGUCACCUAACCUUUGCAUCCUCAGCGGUUUGAAUAAUGGGCUGAAUAUUUCCAUGGUUAAGGACUUUGCUUGACUUCAAAGUCAAUUAUUGUUUGUUAUUUUGUGCUAUUAAGUGUUUCCUGCAAUGUCAAUCAUCGAAUCGUUGUGUACGCUACCUACCAUCUUUGUGGCUCCUAAAGUACUCAACUCCACUUGCCUGGUGAUUUUCUUGAUGAUGUCUUGGGAGUAAAACUUCCCGUGGAAAUCCUUCAAGAACACACCGUGAAAUGUCUCUGAACCAUGGGAACUUACCCAGGUUAGGUGGCAAGGACUGAACGGCUCCCACAUGACACGAAACUCAAGAGCUCUCACCUCCUAGCUUCUCAUGCCCUGCUUUCUAUUUGUAGUCUUGGAGGGCUGCUUGUCAAUAAUUCGCUCACAGUGAAGGAUUUUAAAGCUGAUCCAAGAAUUGUUGAUGUGUCCCGCCUAGCCGUGUUCCAGUCUCCUUCCAAUGGAGAUAUAGGUUGGGUAGGAGGUAGGGUACUUGGCGGAUCCAACGGCAUUGACGAACAAGAAACCCCACAAGGCUGUCUGCGCCGG